AUGGUCCUGCCAGCUUUUGUACUUCUUCCACUUUAUAUGUACCCAUACAAUUUGACCUCAUGGAGUACACUUACUACGUCCGUUGUCGCCAAUCCAAAUCUUAAGUUUCAUGUCGUCGUUUCUCCCAAUCUAGCAUUCACAGACCCAGAUGUCAACUAUGUUGCAGGCCUUGCGAGUCUGAAUAGUUACGCAAAUGUCCUCACUCUUGGCUAUGUGUAUACUUCUUACGGGAUACGAAAUGUCUCAGAAAUCGAAGCAGAAAUCGAUAAAUAUGUUGAGUGGAAUACACCAACCAAACUUUCAAUUGACGGUAUUUUCUUCGACGAAACGCCAUCGAACAACUCAACAUUUUCAUAUAUGAGUUCAAUAUCCACAUAUGCAAAAACAUCACUGGGGGCUGGGAAAGAUUAUGUUUUUUUGAAUCCCGGUGUUCCGGUCGAUGCGUCCUUCUACACUCUCGCUGAUAGCAUCAACGUAUUCGAAGAGUCUUAUGCGAACUUCAACCAAACAGCCUUGGCUACUUUAGACAAGACCUUAUCGGCGAAGUCAACGUAUGUAAUACAUGACUUUACCGGAACCACGACACAGCAGACUGCACUUGUGAGUCAACUUGCAGCUGCAAACUUAUCGGGAAUGCUCAUAACCACACAACCUGAAUAUACGGCAUGGUCAAGCUUAUGGACCUCCUUUUGCUCUGCAGUGAACAAAUUGAAUCUUGGUGGUGGUAGUGGAGGAGGGGGUGAUGAUGGGGGUGAUGAUGAUUGUGAUGAUGAUGAUGAUGAUGAUGAUGAUGAUGAUGAUGAUGAUGGAGAUUACGAUGAAUAA